AUGAAAGAAGUAACAGGCCAAGGGCUUCGUGUUGAAGUGUUUAUGAGAAAAGACAAAGCACACGAGCUGCUGAAAGUCCAUAAACGUGCUAACUAUUUUCUAGAAGAGUUUCGUCCAGGGAACUUGGAGAGAGAAUGCAAUGAGGAAAAGUGUUCAUUUGAGGAAGCUAAGGAGAUCUUCCAUUCCCAGGAGAAAACGAUGGAGUUUUGGUUUAAUUACAAAGGUUUAAAUCCGUGUAGUACAAAUCCCUGUAACAAUGGUGGAAUUUGCAAAGUAAGACACUACAAUUACUUUUGCAUCUGCCCCCCCAGAUUUGGAGGAGACAACUGUGAAAAAGAGAAGCUGGAAUGCUGGUACAAGAACGGCGGGUGCUGGCAGUACUGCAGGGACAGCCGCAGCGCCUUCCACGUGACGUGUUCCUGCGCAAAGGAUUACGCCCUGCAUGAGGACGGGAAGAGAUGCGUGCAGGCAGCACGGUUUCCAUGUGGCCUGAUUAAACCCAGACAGGCUUUGGGGGAAGAGUGGCUGGGGCAGAAAAGGCUCCCGAGGGGACUGCAUGAGCACGGGGAUGAAGUGGCCAAGUGGAAUGAGAGCACGGCGGGCACAGUUAGGCAAAUGGAGCUGGAACAGAGUGCUGGUGAGGAAAACGAGACCGUAAAGGAUGCCUUUGGGCAGAAUAUGCACACGGAGAGUGACGCUGGACAAACUGAGGUGGCAGGGGAUGCUUCGAGCUGGAACAAGACACUGGUGGACUCUGUUACCUGGAAGCCACUGGGGGAUGGUGCUGGUGGGCAGGAGGCAGGUGUCCCUGAGCAUGGUGGGGCACUGGAGGGGACUGGAGUGCCCAGGAGAGGCCCUGCAUGGAGUGAGCCAACCCAGGGCCCUGCAUGGCAGAAAGAAAUGGUGGAACAUGCUGCUGGGCAAAACCAACGAGAUGAGGGUGCUGGCCAGAACAAACCAGGGGCUGUUCAAACCCUGCAUGAUGGGCUUAAUCAGAGCAGCGACUGGGGAAAUGUUUCAAACACACCUCAGUUCGUCCAGGUUUUGAUCCGGAACAGUAACGACAUCGGUUUCUGCGGAGGGAGUUUAAUCAGCAGUCGCUGGGUGGUCACUGCCGCUCACUGCCUUGAUCUCGUCAGACCACACCAUGUCACCGUAGGAGACUUUGACAAGUAUCAAAGAGAAUUCCAAGAACAGAAGAUUGAUGUGGAACGGAGCUGGACGCAUCCACAUUACGAUUCAAAUGACUACAACAGCGACAUCGCCUUGUUGUACUUGAGCAGUGAUGUCAUUUUUAAUGAGUACGUAAUUCCCAUCUGCCUUCCCAGCCCCAACCUUGCCGCCCUGCUCGCUGAAGAGGGAAGAGUCGGGAUGGUGAGUGGAUGGGGUGCCACUCACGCCAGAGGUUCGACUCUGCGUUUCCUCAUGAAGGUCCGGCUGCCCAUCGUGAACAUGGAGACCUGUCAGCGGUCAACAGACAGGCUCGUGACGGACAACAUGUUCUGCGCAGGGUACAGCACGGAGGGCGCAGACGCCUGCAAAGGGGACAGCGGUGGCCCGUUCACAGUGUCUUACCACAACACGUGGUUCCUCUUGGGGAUUGUAAGCUGGGGCGAGGGCUGUGCUGAAAAAGGAAAAUACGGUGUGUACACGAGAGUAUCCAACUACAUCCCGUGGAUUAAAGAGAUUGUUGAAAGUGUAGCAGAUUCGGGAAACUUUUCCAUCAACUUUUCUUAA